AAGCACACACAUAUACAUAGCAAGUACACAACGAGAGAACCAAUAAAAAAAUCCAUAUGUUGAGCUUAAAUGUCGGGUCUGUGUAUGGGAAACUGGUGGGUAACAUUAAUCUUGAACAAUCUCUCAAACUUCAACCUCACAUUACACAAGAGAUUAGAAUUCGUUGGUGAUUACACUAUAAGAAGCUGUGCAUGCUCUAAAAUCAUUUACCACCUACUCCCUCCGUAACAUAAAGAUCUUCCCAUUUUGACUUUUCACGGUCUUCUAAGUUGAACUUUGACUGCAAAUAUCUACAUAUCUAUAUUUAUAAAAUUCAUAAUAAAUUAACAUUCAAAUAAUAUAUUUUACAAUGAGUUAUAUCAAAUAAAUUUUUAAUCAUAACAUAAUGUGAGUUUUGAAUAAAUAAUGGUCAAAGUUCAUAAAGUUUGACCCAAAAAAGUCAAACCGGGAAGAUUCUAGCGUUACGGAGGUAGUAGCUAGCUAGCUGCAUAUCAAACCUUAUUAAGGGUUAUCAACCCUUAAUUAAUUCUACCUAGCUAGCUGGCUGCACAUCAAACGUUAUUAAGGGUUAUCAACCCUUAAUAAAUUCCUACAUCCAUAUAACGUUGGCCUAAAGGCCGGGUUCGAUCUCCAUACAUAAAUAUUUCAGUACAUGCAUAAAAAUGGAUAUGAAAUAUAAUAAAAAGACUCUAGGAUUAUCAAUCCUGGCCCUUUUGGUGGCAGUGGUUGUCGUUUCCACGGCCGUUUAUGUGACACAAAAAGAGGAAACCCCGGCGGGUGAUCACAGCAGUGGGACCAAUAUGUCAUCGUCCGCCAAAGCUGUGGAAGCAGUGUGCAAGCCGACGUUACACAAGGAGGUGUGCAUGGCCAAGCUCUCCGCCGCCACUAACAGCACCGACACCAAGGAUCUCGUGGAAGUCGCGUUCAACGUCACGGUCCAAGAGAUAUCCGACGUCAUGGCCAAGUCUAAGCUUCUCCGCAAUGCCGCAAAAGAUCCCCGGACCUCCAAAGCCUUCGACGUCUGUCACGAUCUUCUAGAAGACUCCAUUGAUGACAUCAAGCGUGCCUUGAAUAGACUCACAGACUACACCUCAGCAGCUACCAAUCUCGACCUCUUCAUGAAUGACAUUAAGAUUUGGCUCAGUGGCGCAUUAACAUUCGAGAACACUUGCCUUGACGGAUUCCUGGGCACCCAAGGUGAUAGUGGUGAUAAGAUGAAACAGCUAUUGGUGACCGCUCAGCAGCUCACAGGCAAUACCUUAGAAAUGGUUGAUGAGAUUCAUCAGGCGUUGACGGCACUGGAUAUUCAAGGUCUUAACCGAAAACUGUUGGUGGUGAAUAGUAAAAAGUGGCCAACGUUCUUGCCUACAGGUUGGUGGAAUAGCGACGAUGAAAUCACCCUAAGGCGCAGUAUGCUUCUGGAAUCUGGUUCUGAUUAUUCUAAGGCAGCCGAUGUUAUUGUGGCUAAAGACGGGUCGGGGAAAUACACGACGAUCAAUGAGGCGCUAAAUGAUAUCCCUCUCGAGAGCACAAAGCCUUUCGUCAUAUACAUAAAAUCUGGUGUCUAUGCCGAACAUGUAGUUCUUGAAAAGAAGAUGACAAAUGUGGUUUUCGUAGGAGAUGGUCCCACAAUCACUAAGAUCUCUGGAGACAGAAGUUAUGUUAGUGGUUACCAAACUAGUGAAACUGCAACCCUCACAAUCAAGGGUGAUGGUUUCAUUGGAAAGGACAUAGGCGUUGAGAACACUGCCGGCCCCAGCAGCCAUCAGGCCGUGGCUCUCCGGGUCCAGGCCGAUCGCGCGAUGUUCUUCAACUGCCAAAUUGACGGCAACCAAGACACCCUCUACGUCCACGCCCACCGACAGUUCUACCGGGACUGCACCAUCACCGGGACCAUAGAUUUCAUCUUCGGCAACGCUGCUGCUGUCUUCCAGAACUGCAGCCUCAUCAUCAGGCGUCCCCUCGUCACCGACGGUUCAAGUCAAUCCUGCAUGGUCACGGCUCAAGGAAGGUCACAGGCAGACGAGCCCACCGGAAUCGUGAUUGUCGACUCCUCCAUCACCGCAUCGCCGGAGUACUUGAGCUCCACGGCCCCGAUCGUGUCAUUCCUUGGACGGCCGUGGAGGCAAUACGCAAGGGUAGUGAUCAUGAAUACGAAAAUCGAUGUGCGCAUAUCUCCAGAGGGGUGGGCCCCGUUCCAAGGGACGUUUGGGCUAGAAGACUGUUGGUACGGAGAGUUUGGGAACAGCGGAGAGGGAGCGGACGUGAGCGGGAGAGCCAAGUGGGCUGGAAUCAAGGGAGCCAUUAGUGAAGAGGUUGCUGAAGGAUUUCUUCCUGGAAAUUUCAUUCUUGGAGAUUCUUGGAUCCCUCUUACUGCACUGCCUUAUGCUCCCGGCUUCAUGCAAGGUGGAGGAGCUAGUGGGGGUCAUGGGUGGGCAAGCGUCCCCGCACCGAGUCCAGAACACUACUAGUACUUAUGUAAUAGAGAUCUGCCCCGCUUCAUUUCCAUUUGAAUAAUAUUAAUUUUUAUAUGAGUCUUUAGAUUCAAAUGUUGUAGAAAGUGGCAUAAAGAAACACUUUUGCCUUGAGGAAGAAAAAUGCACUAUUAUUUAAAACCAAUACCAUUUUGAUCAUAAGUAUUACCUAAAUAGG